AUGCGUCAUUCUGCUUUUCAUGGCAUAGAAAAAACUGCCCAGACAAUUGAUGAAGAAUACGAAGGUUUACAAGCUCGUUCCGUUGAUGAUCAUUACAAUUAUCCAUUUUCACCAAAUACGAGUGAUGAAUUUUUGACUGAUGCAUCCAAUAGAAAAGAGCAUUCAUUGUUUACAUUUGUUUCAUCAAAAACAAAACAAGACAAGAAUAAGAAGAGAAAAGAUAAAACUUCUGCUAAUAAAGUAGAAGAAGAAGAACCAGCUAUUUGUAAAGAUGCAUUACCACCAACUAGAGGACGUCUUACAUCACGGGACGAGCUUGAUACACAAUUUGACAUGGAUACAGAAGAUGAUAAAGCAAGAUCGAAAGCUGCCGCUACUCCUAUUCGUCAAUCGGACCUUGACACACUUCCUUCUCGUGUAGCAACGUUAAAAAUAAGUGAAAGAAUUGAUCGAAGUAUAUCACCACAAAAGAAAUCCAAAUCUACAAUAAAUUCUCCCAGUGUAACACCAAGACAAGGUGUUUCACCAGCUCCUGUUUCACGUCGAAGUGAAAAUACGCCAUCAGGAGUUACUUCCACUUUAAAACGUCGUCCAAUAGCUGCUGAUCGUACAAAUACAUUACGUGAUUAUAAUGAACGUCUUGAGGGACGUGAUUUAUUAAAUUUAGUUGUGGUCGGUCAUGUUGAUGCAGGAAAAUCUACAUUAAUGGGUCAUCUACUUGUUAAAUUAAAAGUUGUGGACGAUCGGGCAAUGCAUAGAAAUAGAACUGAAGCUGCUCGAUUAGGAAAAGACAGUUUUUCAUUUGCUUUUGUUUUGGAUGAAUCUGAAGAAGAACGAUCACGUGGUGUCACUAUGGACAUUGCUCAAGCUCAAUUUAAAACGAAAACGAAAAUUGUUAAUCUCGUCGAUGCACCCGGACAUAAAGACUUUAUACCCAAUAUGAUCAACGGUGCAGCACAAGCUGAUGUUGGUAUACUUGUUGUUGACAGUCGUCGUGGCGAAUUCGAAACUGGCUUUGAAUAUGGUGGUCAAACACGUGAGCAUGCUCUAUUAUUACGAUCACUUGGCGUAUCACAAUUAAUUUGUGCUGUUAAUAAAAUGGACACGAUAGAAUGGUCACAAGAACGAUUUGAAGAAAUUGUUAAAAAACUCUCUGCUUUUCUUAAACCAUCGGGUUACAAAGACGCAGAUGUUACCUACGUACCUGUCAGUGGUUGGACAGGUGAAAAUUUAAUUACACCAAAUAGUCCACCAUUAUCUUGGUAUAAUAAAGACGAAAGUACUUCGAAUACAACAGUGAACGGUGUUAUUCAUGGUGCGACAUUAGUUGAUUUAAUCGAUCGUCUUAAGCCACCUGAACGGCCUAUGUCAAAACCAUUUCGUCUUUGUAUAUCAGAUAUUUAUCGUGCUACGGGUGUUGGCGCUGGAACUGUAUCUAUAGCAGGCCGUAUUGAGUGUGGUGGUGUUGAAGUAAAUGAACGUGCUAUAUUACGACCAUCGAACGACCAAGUAACAAUAAAAUCUAUACAAAUUGAAAAUACAAAUGUUACGUCAGCGUUUGCUGGUGAUACUGUUACAUUGAAUAUUCAAGGUGUUGAUCCGACACAUUUAUUUAUUGGUAAUGUUAUUUGUGAUCCUGAAUAUCCCAUACCAUGUGCAACAGUAAUUCAAGCCCGUAUCAUCAUAUUUAAUAUCUCAGUACCAAUCAUCCCUGGAACGCCAGCUGUAUUUCAUUUUAAAUCGAUGCAAGAACAGGCCAAAAUAAUGACUUUAGUAGAAGAAUUAGAUCGUUUAACAGGUGAACUUAAGCGACGAAAUCCACGUUUAUUACCAAAAAAUUCAAGUGGUGUUAUUGAACUUGUACUUCAUCGACAAAUAUGCUGUGAAUUGUAUUCCGAUGUUAAAGAACUAGGACGUUUUAUGUUAAGACAGAGUGGUUUGACGAUGGCAGCAGGAAUUAUAACAAGAAUUAUAGCUUGA